GUGGGGGGGGGGGGGGUUGGGGAGGUUUCUCCUGUACCUACCUGCCUCCUACCCCCCACCCCCCAAGUAUUAUGAAGACUGUGCCAUGUUGUCUUUUCCAGGAGCCCCCAACACAGCCGAGCUAAAGAUCUGUCGGGUGAACAAGAAUUCCGGGAGCUGCCGGGGUGGAGAGGAGAUAUUCCUGCUGUGUGACAAGGUCCAGAAAGAGGACAUUGAGGUGAGGUUCUUCACCAACGACUGGGAGGGCAAAGGCUCUUUCUCCCAGGCCGACGUCCACCGCCAAGUCGCCAUAGUCUUCAAGACCCCCCCGUACAAGGACGUGACCCUGUGCGAGCCGGUCACUGUCCACAUGCAGCUGCGUCGGCCCUCCGACAAAGAGGUCAGCGAUGCCAUGGAGUUCCAGUACCUUCCCGACGACAAAGAUCCCUACGGCACCCAGGAGAAACGGCGGAAAACCCACCUCGAGUUUAUGAACAUGCUGCACAAAUGUAACAUGCCAGGUGAGUGCUCCCACGUUAUCUGUCCCUGUCUCCUGUCCUUCCAUCUGUGACUGACUGCAGCUCUC